GGCCGGCCCGGGGACCGGGUCCCCGCUCUGGGGGCGUGGCCUCGCGCUGCCCAGGGGGCGGGGCCUGAUUCGAGCUCCACCCGCGCCGCCGGAGGCGAAGGGCGAGACCGCCACUCCGCGCUGCGCAGCUGCACCGCGAAGGGGCCGAGAGAAGAGCCGACAUGGCCGUCCUCUCCAAGGAAUACGGUUUCGUGGUUCUGACGGGCGCGGCCAGCUUCAUACUGGUGGCUCACCUGGCCAUCAACGUCGCCAAGGCCCGCAAGAAGUAUAAAGUGGAGUAUCCUACCAUGUACAGCACAGACCCCGAAAAUGGGCACCUCUUCAACUGCAUUCAGCGAGCCCACCAGAACACGUUGGAAGUAUAUCCCCCCUUCUUAUUUUUUCUAGCUAUUGGAGGUGUUUACCACCCGCGUAUAGCUUCUGGCUUGGGCAUGGCCUGGAUUGUGGGAAGAGCCCUUUAUGCGUACGGCUACUACACAGGAGAACCCAGCAAGCGGAGUCGUGGAGCGCUGGGCUCCAUCGCCCUCAUUGGCCUGAUGGGCACAACUGUGUGCUCUGCCUUCCAGCAUCUCGGUUGGGUCAAAACUGGCUUGGGCAGCGGGUCCAAAUGUUGCCAUUAAAUAAUUAUAGGGUGUUUAAAACCUCUCAUUCAUUUUGAGUGGCUUACUUUUAUUUCAAGUUACCUUUUUUUUCUAAAUAUAAUAAAACUUACUGGCAUCAGCCUCAUCCUAA